GCUCAUUUUGGCACGUGUUGCUAGUGAUUGUCAAAACACAAUAAUAAUAGACCGAAAUAGCAAGCCAAUUUCAAACAGAGUCAUCACAUUAUGCUGUUUUAGAUCUACAAACAAUAAACACAACAUCGUCGAAUAUUUGUAAGCUGACGUUAUGCUUCUACAAGGGACACACCCCACAACUUCUCAGGACGACCUCAGCUGUCACUCUCAUCUCAUCACAGCUAGUUCCGGUUUUAAUCAACCCAACAUCGCCUCCCUCUGGCUUUUGUGAGCUUUUGUGAGACUCUGUAGGACUCAAAACUCGCAAGUAUUUGACUGUUUCUCCCACAAGCUACACGCUAGUUGACGCCGCCGUCUUGCUGCCUCUCACUCUGCUACGCAAGUCGUCUGAUGCAAACUUCGGAAAUAUCAAGCAGGCAAACUUGACCUAGUUUUCAAGCUCGUUUGUUUAUGAACUCUUGCACAACAGGGCAGGGUGAUGAAACGCCACAGUAAACUGACGGGUAUAUAAAAUCACUUGAAUGCAAAAUUCCAUUGAACGUGAUAUUUCAUUUCUUCUUUCCACUAUCGUCCCCGGUAUCACUGCAUACACACAGAACGACCAGUGACAUCAAGAAGCAAUAUGGCUGCCAGUGCCAACAACAUGAUGACCGACACAUACAUCCAGUUCCUGGAAGAGGAGUUUGCCAGGAACCCGCUGAAGGCGUCGGUUAUCAUCCAGGCUUUGGGGAAGGAAGCUGCAGAUCAGGAUGCAGGUCCCCAGAAUGAGGGAGGUAAAGGGAAUGAGCAGAGCCUGAAGCUCUCAGUGUGUCUCCCAAGCAACCUGACGGAGCUGCUCAAUAUGCCCAAUGACAACACACAGAUCAUCCUCGUCGCAGACAGGAGCGGGUCAAUGUCAGGAAACCCUUGGAACCAGGUGAAACAAGCUUUACUGGAUGUCAUCACCGACAGCCUUGAUGACAGCAGUCUCCAAGUAGACGUCAUCACAUACGACACUUCAGCGGAAUAUAUUGCCUACACUCGGAGAAACUUCAAGGAUGUUAUUGGGAAGCUUAACAGCAGAGGAAGUACCAGCUUCGAAUCUGCUUUCAAAAAGAUUGAUGAAGUGAUUGCUAAAAACUCUGCUAAAAGAUUCUCCAAAGUGGUGGUGAUCUUCCUGACUGAUGGGCAGGACGGACAAGCCCUGGGCGCUUCCCGCGUGUGGCAGACACGGCUGUUGGCCCUCGAAAUAGACAUCGUCGUGCACACCGUCGGAUUCAGCCAAUCCCAUGACUUCAAAUUCCUCCAGUUUUUGAGCACGGUUGGAACCACAGAUGGGAUGUUCCGCUACUGUGAGCCUUCAGAUGGGCCUGUGGCACUCAAGGCUAAGAUCGAGGAACUGUUUGAAUACAUCUCUCUGAGCUCGGGACAAACCAUUGACCUUGACCUUGAAAUGGAGGGUGAAGACAAGAUUGUUGGUCUGGGUUCAGUUGAGCAGACAUCCACAAUUCAAGGGCAGAUAACUGAGACAGAGACUGAUGGAGCUCCAGCUGGCCAACUGCAAGCUACUGCAGAAAGUUGGAUAUACAUGAAGGACCCCAACAGCCUCCCUAAGAUGAAGAUCAAGAUGAAGAAGACGUUCAGGAAGGAUAAAAAGACUUACACCCUGAAUAUAGCUGUAGUUGUUGAUGCUAUAAGCAGGGAGAUGCUUACUACAGCAACAGAAAAGAUUGACUGGGCAAUGAAAAUUCUGUCCCGAAACACUGACAUCCUGACAACUAAGCUUGCUGACAAAAUUGAAACCAAUGGAGAUGUGAGCAAACUGCAGACUAGCCUGAAUCGACUUCAGGCACGAGUGGCCAAGACACCUAUGUUCGGUCCAGGCGUAACCAAGGAGAUGAGGCAGAUCCUGAUGGACCACAUCAAGGAGAUCCAGCAGAAGAUUGACAUGAUGCACGGCAUGAUGGCUCGUUACCUCCGCGGGGAAACACAGUCUGUGUCCAUGCUGGCUAGAGCUCACGACCUGAGAUACGAGGCCAAGUUCAGUAAGAACAGACGUCAACGACUUAUGGAUCAGCGUGUGUCCAAGAAUAUCACAAAGGUCAAGGCCGAUCAAGAAAAACUGAAGUCACUGGUAGUGAGUGCUGCAGAAAUUGCCCAGCUAUCCCAGGAUGCAACUGAGUUCUUCUUCUGUGUUCUCUCCCAGUGUACUGUUAAGGAUAUCCUCUUGAGUAAGGAUGAUGUUGAGAAUGCAAUUGGGUUCGGAUUGGCUGUGAAGCGACCUGAGCAUGCGUUGGACGAACCAACAGCGACUCGAAUCCAAGUGAUCAGUGGUACAUUGGUGAGCAGACAGUCCAUCUUCGACGCCCUUGAGUACAAGAUAUCGGUGGAAGGUCACCUCAACGCUCAUGGGGGAUUCGAGUUCUCUGACCCUCUUGGCUGUGCAACUGUUGGUAUGGGCCGAGAGCCAAUCAACGCCUGGCUUCCUCUUUACAUCACAAAGUCUCACUGGGAAAGGGUCAAGGUGAUGCUGAAGCCGACGCUGGGCUACUUCUGCACACUUGACCCCCUGGGCUACGACUUCAAGCAGAUGGACAUCCUGUUCAUGGUGCUGGGCAAUAUGAUAGGUCAGCUCAGUGACACCACGGCCGGUGAACACCAACUACGACUGUUGUUUGCUAUGCAGAGAACAUGUGCAGCAACUGUGGUAGACUUCGACCUUCUGUCUCAGAUCACAACUAUUGUGAAGAACUUUAUCUCCAGCCCAGAGGGACGAACAAAAGAUGUCAUCCCUAAUCUCUCUACCCUGAUUGGCUAUCUGGUUUCCAUGCCAACAAGUGUCAGCAGACCUCUAUUUGGCUACGAUCAAGUCAAAGAUGACGAAAUGCCAGAAAAAGCCCGCCGCUUUUGGCUGGCAUUUAUCACAGAGUGUAUUCGCAGAGGUGGCGGGUCGCUCUUCCACGCCAUCAGUGACGCCAGGGUGGAUGGUGUCAUCGACCAUCUGGUUAACCCAAGAGCAAUGACGUCAACAAAGAAGAAUGCAAGGGAGACAACUCAAGCCCGGCUUGUGGAACAGUGCAGGUGUCUCCAAGAUGUGGAGACUGCUAACAUUAAGCUGAAGAUGACGGACUUUGACCCCGUAGCUGGACUGAAGCCACCUUCUGUAGAACUGAAACACUCAUUGGCAGUGGACAAAGCCAUGGAUAUCUGGGGCCAGGCAGAGUGUGGAGCCAUAAAGAACAAGUGCAGAGAGGAACAGGUGUCGAGAGCCGGCAAGGAGGUGAAGAGAUGGUUGAAGGAGGGGAGGAUGCAGGCUGGGGUGGACACUGAGUCGGGACAGACACCACAACAUGAAGAGGGCGCUACUAAGAAGGAGGAGGCAGAAGAUAGUUAUGACGUUGAAGACAUUGACUCAAUGAUCCUUGAGGUUACAGCCAAGCUUCUUGAGAGAAUCACGAGAAACAGCUUCCCAGGUCUGAAUUCCAUCCCAGGCUUCAUGGCUUUCCUCCAUCACUGGCUUGUGAAAGAACGAAGCUAUGAACAUAUGGACAAAAAUGGUGGCUUGGCACCCUACAUGUGGAUCGGUGGGGUCAAGGUUGCUGUUUCGGAGAUGUAUGCCAGAAUGAAUGAAUUUCUUCACACUUGUGAGGCUGAAAUAAAGCAAACUGAAACAUCGGAUCCAAAUACUUUGGUUGUCAUGGCAACGGAUGAGGAACUGAGGGCAGCUUCUACCAACACAGUACCUGAACCAGACGUGUCAACAGGGGAGGUAACUGCUGCUGACGAUGUCAAGGAUGUUGAUGAUGCAGAUGAUAAUGCUGCAGGAAGUGACAGUGAUGGGUUUGAUUAUGUAAGUGACGAUUCCGAGGAUGACUAUGCUCGGGCAAGACAGAAGCGUGCAGUACAGCGACGCAUCAGUCUUCCCAUGAUCCUCCACUGUAUAAAUGCCGAUAUGAAUCAAGUAAACAUGAUUCGAGCGAUGCUAUGUCAAGCUGCUGCCUUCCACUCCAACAGCCGGGCCAGGACGGGAGCCAAGGGAGGACAACUCAAGGACCUUGGUUGUGAAGGAAAUGCUGUGGUUACCCUCCACGACUUCCAUGUCCUGCUAGAACUGCGUCGAGAUGGAGCACUAGGGGGUUUGAUAGACAAGGUGCUGUGGGAGAGAGCCAACUACAGUAUGCUGCAUGCACAGACAGUGUGGGCCUUUAUCGGGUAUCUCGUCAGUAUAUACAAGGAUCGUGACGAGGGCUUCCGCAUCCUAGUGGACAGCAUCGUGACAUGUGACAAUGCAUCCUCAAUCCCACUACUGGCCGACAAACUGCGUGUAAUUCUCAAUGGAAAGUGGCAGGACUGUGUCGUCUUCGCUAACGGAAACAUCUGGCUGCCUGAAAAGAAACUUACCAAAAAGUUUGAGGAAUUGAUUGGCACUGAGACUUGGAGUGAGAUUGAGGUUGAUCUUCGCUCCAACGUUCAGAUCCAUGUUUAUCGGGAGUCUGACAUCCCCAACCGUCAUGGUCACUGCAACUCUAACCCCUACAUCCCCAAUGUGUUGAGGGAAAAGCUGGGUAUGCCGCUUCUUGACGGAUCUACUGCCAGGAGGACAGAUCUUAGACGUAUUAGGGGACUCACCAAAUAAAACUUUGUACUGAAUGCCAUUGGUGUGUCAGAGAUGAACUUUUGAAAAUAAUGACUGCGGUGAAUGCUAAAUAUUGGAAUUUGGCUAUGUUGACGAAUCACUUGUAAAGAUGUGAUGAAUGUCCAAGAUUGGAACAGGGCUGUGUUGAAGCAUCACUGGUAUAGACUUUGUAAUGAAUGCCCGAUCAACAAGAUCGUUUUUGAAUCAUCACUUAAAAUGAUUUUGUGAUGAAUGCUAAAGAUCAAAACAUGGCCAUUUUGAAAGCAUCUCUGGUUAACUCCAGAGAUGCAACCAUGGCCGUGUGUAAAGUAAACUCAGUACUAAAGUCUGCAAUACUAAAUAUUAAAGGUUGCGGUGGGGUAGCCUAGUGGUUAAAGCGUUGGCUCGCCACGCCGAAGACUCGGGUUCGAUUCCCCACAUGGGUACAAUGUGUGAAGCCCAUUUCUGGUGUCCCCCACCGUGAUGUUGCUGGAAUAUUGCUAAAAGCAGCGUAAAACCAAACUCAGUCAGUCAGUCAGUGUUUCUACUUUUCUACCAAAUUUCUAACUGCUGCAAUCAGCCUUUCUCUGUGAUGACAAUUUGUUUUGUAUUAUAAAUGUUGCAUUGUAUUGUUUGUUGUUAGCAUAAUUUCAUGUUGAUGUAGUCACUGAUAAUUUUUGUGCUGUUUUUAUUCUGAGAAGUAUUUUUAAAUUUGAAAAUGUGCAAUAAUAUUUAUUCUAAAUUGUUGGGGUGGCAUAUUGUUGGUAUAUUGGUCUACUGAGGUUCAAUAUUUACAUAAUAUGUAUUACAAUAGUGUUUAAAUGUUCAGUAUAUUAGGUGAUUGCAAAUAGUGAUUUUUGUCUUGUAUUUAAUGUUAUUGAUACUGCCAAGAAAGUUUAUAAUAUUCCUGUAAUUUCAAAAUGCAAGUUCGCAAGGAUAGGAAGUGAAUUUCACUUAUAGUGUGGAUGUGCAUUUCUAUACUUCCAUCGACCACAGCCGGGUCUCGAUGAUGGUAGCAUGGCUGGUUGUCAUCAGCAUCUUGGGGCUGGUGAGAUAGCCUAGUGGUUAAAGCGUUCGCUCUUCACACUGAAGACACGGGUUCGAUUCCCCACAUGGAUACAUUGUGUGAAGCCCAUUUUAUAAUUUUUUUAUAAUUUAUCCCCUGCCAUGAUAUUCAGGAAGAUUGCUAAAAGCGACGUAAAACCAUACUAGCAUCGUUCUAAAUUUAUUUAUUUAGGUUCUCUCAUCAGCAUCUUGUUUUGUUCUAUUUAUUAACUUCAAUUCAUGAAGUGAUGUUUCUGAUUGCUUCUGAAUUAAACAUUUAUACAACAGUAUCAUGAUGUGUUUCUCAAUGCAGCCGUGUGUAUCACAGUAUAACCUCCAAUACCCAUCCCUAUCAAAUUUUGUGUAGAUUGUAUAUUGUCUGAAAACAUUUAGGAUACUAGCUCCCUUGUUUUAUGUUUAAGUAUAAAUAUAUUUCAACUAAUAUGAUUUUUAUAUUUAUUAUUAUUUAGUCAAAUGUGCUCAUGUUAAUUUGAUAUAUAAUGUGAUACGUAUUACCUGUUAUGUUUUACUUGUUUUGUCAUGUGUAAUGAGAGAUGUUCUUAAAAAACAUCCAGUUGCCUUUUCUUCAAUUCUUCAAAUAUUAUGGAGAAGACAUUGCUUGUUUUGACCAUGUUUGUUUAUAUUUUGAUAAUUAAAAUCUUUAUUAUGUUU